AUGUCAUUUAAUGUACCUAAAGAAGAAGAAAAGGUUUUGGCGUUUUGGCGCGAAAUUGAUGCCUUUCGCACCCAACUAAAGCUUUCCGAAGGACGUCCUGAAUUUACUUUCUUUGACGGUCCUCCUUUUGCAACUGGUCUCCCACAUCAUGGACAUUUGCUUGCUUCCACAAUCAAGGAUAGCGUUACUCGUUACGCCUGUUUGAAGGGCUACCACGUUGAACGCCGUUUCGGUUGGGAUACUCAUGGUUUACCCGUUGAGCAUGAAAUAGAUAAGAAGCUUGGUAUUUCUAGAACUGAGGAUGUCAUGAGAAUUGGCAUUGACAAAUAUAAUGCUGAGUGUCGUAACAUUGUUAUGACUUAUGCUGCCGAAUGGCGUGCAACUGUUGAGCGUUUGGGUCGUUGGAUUGACUUUGAUAACGACUAUAAGACUUUGUACCCUUCUUUCAUGGAAAGUAUUUGGUGGGUUUUUAAGGAACUUUUUGAAAAGAAGAAGGUUUAUCGUGGAUUCCGUGUUAUGCCUUAUUCUACUGCUUGUACAACCCCUUUAAGUAACUUUGAAGCUCAGCAAAAUUACAAGGAAGUUCCUGAUCCUGCAGUUGUUGUUGCUUUUGAACUUGUCAACGAUCCAGAAGUCGGUGUUCUUGCUUGGACCACCACUCCUUGGACAUUGCCUUCCAAUUUGGCUUUAGCUGUUAACCCCAAACUUGAAUACCUAAAGAUUUUGGAUAAGGAGUCAAACAAAAAAUACAUUUUACAAGAGGCUUGUCUUGGAAUUCUCUACAAGAACCCCAAAAAGGCUAGCUUUGAAAUUUUGGAGCGCUUCAGCGGUUCUAAAUUGAACGGAUCGAAGUAUAAGCCUCUUUUCCCUUACUUUGCUUCUGAUUAUGAAGAACGUGCUUUUGUUAUAUACGGUGCUGAUUACGUUGAAGAAGGUUCUGGUACUGGUAUUGUUCACCAAGCUCCUGCUUUCGGUGAAGCAGAUUAUGACGCUGCUUGGGCAAACGGUAUUAUCGAUGCUGAUCAUCCUGCUCCAUGCCCUAUUGAUGAAAAGGGUUGCUAUACCGAAGAAAUCUCUGACUUUGUUGGCCAAUACGUCAAGGAUGCCGAUAAAGAAAUUAUCCGUACUUUAAAGAAUAGAGGCUCUUUAGUGCGCCAUAGCCAAGUUUUCCAUAGUUACCCCUUCUGUUGGCGUUCGGACACACCCCUUCUAUACCGUGCUGUACCCAGUUGGUUUGUUAAGGUUAAAGGUAUCACUGAUCAAAUGGUGGACAAUGUGAUGAAAACGCACUGGGUCCCUCAAAACAUUCGUGAUAAGCGUUUUGCCAACUGGCUUAGCAAUGCUCGUGAUUGGAAUGUUUCACGUAACAGAUACUGGGGUACUCCUAUUCCUUUGUGGGCUAGUGAAGACUACGAAGAAAUUAUUUGCAUUGGUUCAGUUAAGGAACUUGAGGAGCUUUCCGGUGUUUCAGGUAUUAAGGACCUCCAUAGAGAUAGUAUCGACCAUAUUACUAUCCCUUCAAAGCAAGGUAAAGGUACUCUUCGCCGUAUUUCCGAAGUUUUUGAUUGUUGGUUUGAAUCGGGUAGCAUGCCUUAUUCUUCUCGUCAUUAUCCUUUUGAAAAUUCAGAGAGUUUCAUGAAUGGUUUCCCCGCCGACUUCAUCUCUGAAGGUGUUGAUCAGACCCGUGGUUGGUUCUACACGCUUACCGUAUUGGGCACAUUAUUACAUGGCGUCGCUCCUUACAAGAACGUAAUUGUUAGCGGCUUGGUCAUGGCUGAAGACGGUAAAAAAAUGUCUAAGCGUCUUAAGAAUUAUCCUGAACCUAAUUAUGUUAUCCAAAAGUAUGGUUCUGAUGCUCUCCGUCUGUUCCUCAUUAAUUCUCCAGUCGUACGUGCUGAAGUUUUGAAGUUUAAGGAAGAGGGUGUUAGAGAAGUUGUCACGAGAGUCUUGAUUCCUUGGUGGAACAGUUAUAAGUUUUUUGAUGGCCAAGCUGCUCUUUAUAAGAAGGUGACCGGAAAAGAUUUCGUAUAUAAGGAAGAUGCUGAGCUUAGCAAGAACGUCAUGGACCGCUGGAUUCUUGCUCGCUGUCAAUAUCUUAUUCAGUUCGUUGAUCAAGAAAUGCAGCAAUACCGUCUGUACACGGUUGUCCCUCAAUUACUUGGUCUUAUUGAAGAAAUGACUAACUGGUACAUCCGUUUCAACAGACGUAGAUUGAAGGGUGAAAACGGUGAGCAGGAAACUGUUGUGGCUUUGAAUGUCCUCUUCACUGUUUUGUUUACCCUUGCCCGCAUCAUGGCUCCUUUCACACCUUACAUAACUGAGAACAUUUACCAACAACUCAGAAACUACAUGGAUAUUGAUCAUAAUGACAUCUCUUUACGCUCGGUUCACUUUCUUCCUUUCCCUUCAUAUAGAGAAGAGCUUUCAGAUGAGACUGUUUUGCGUCGUGUCAAGCGCAUGCAAACUAUUAUUGAUCUUACUCGUUAUGUGCGUGAACAAAACAAUAUUUCUUUGAAGACACCUUUGAGAAAUCUUGUGGUUAUCGUCACUGAUCCUGAAUAUCUUGAGGAUGCUAAGUCAUUGGAGGCUUAUAUUCUGGAAGAACUCAACGUCCGUGAAGUCGUUUUCACCGCCGAAGAAGAAAAGUAUGGCGUUGUUUACAGUGCUCAAGCUGAUUGGCCUGUUUUGGGUAAGAAGCUUCGUAAAGAUAUGGCACGCGUUAAGAAGGCUCUUCCCAGCGUUACUACCGAAGACGUCAAACAAUUCCAAAAGAAUAAAGAGAUGCUUCUUGAUGGCAUUAAGUUGGUUGAAGGUGACUUACAGAUUAUACGGUCUGUUCAAAACGAAAAUGAACAUUUGAAAUCUAAUACUGACGGUACCUGUAUCGUUUUACUUGAUACCGAGAAUGACCCUCAGUUGCAAUCUGAAGGUUUGGCUCGCGAGGUUAUUAACCGUGUUCAGCGUCUUCGCAAAAAGAGUCAAUUGCAGGUCACCGACGACGUUCGCAUGACUUAUUCUUUCAAAAAUGAUACUAUUGGGUUAGAAAAAGCUAUUGAGGCAAAUGAUGCUUUGUUUACCAAGAUUUUGCGUCGGGGUAUCGAAAAAGGUACCGAAAAUAAGCAAUCCGGCUUAAUUGCCGCAGAAGAACAAGAUGUUCAAGGUGCUUCUUUCGUUUUAAGUCUUCUUAAGCUCUAG